AUGACUUCAUGCGUCUGGAGUCCGCUGUUUCCCCCUUGGUACAUAUCCAUAUUUUUAAAACAAAUUAGAGGAUUAAAAUUUUUAACGCUUAUUUUGGAUUCAAUUGAUCAUAUCCAUGGACAACACCUCGAGCAUUUACUCCAAACAUUUCAAUUUUUAGAAUUAUUCCAGUAUGGUAUAACAUAUUAUUAUAAACCGCCAAAUAUAGAAGCUUUACGUUUAUCAUUCCAGACAGCAUUUUGGUUAAAACAAAAUUGGAGUAUUGUGUUUGAUAAUGAUGAUUGGUGCAAGUUUAGGAUUUAUACAUUUCCAUAUCAUGGAAAAAGCUUUUUUAUUUACUUGAAUUUCCAUGCGGCAUUACAUUAUAAUAAAAAUAAUGAAGGUAAAAUGUCAGUUCGUACAGAAACUUUAGAAAGAAAGGGAGCCCCGUAUCGUUCAUAG